AUGCAACCAAACUCCUCGUCGUUUCAUCCUCAUCACUUUACUUGUGAUACGACAAGAUACACCGAAGAGCAGGUUGCUUGUAUUUGUGAAGCGUUGACUAACGAUGCCGGAAAGCUGUCUCAAUUUGUAUGGAACACGUUGGAACGAGACGAUAUGCGAAACAAUCAAUACAUCUUAAAAGCACAGGCUUUCUUAGCCUACCACUCCAAUAAUUUCAAAGAGCUCUACAGAAUAAUUGAAACUCAUCAGUUUGCCUCAGAGCAUCAUUUGCCUCUACAAGAAUGGUGGCUCAAUGCUCAUUAUCAUGAAGCUGAAAAACUGCGAGGUCGUCAAUUGGGGGCAGUUGGAAAAUAUCGAAUUCGUAGAAAAUAUCCGCUUCCUCGGAAUAUUUGGGACGGAGAAGAAACUAGUUACUGUUUUCGGGAUAAAUCUCGAGUCCUGCUUCGUGAUUGGUACUGUCGUAAUUCGUAUCCAAGUCCAAGAGAGAAACGAGAACUGGCCGAGAAGACACAUCUGACAGUCACACAAGUUUCCAAUUGGUUCAAAAAUAGAAGACAACGGGAUAGAGCAGGACUGCCUGAAGGAAAAGAUUCCCUGAAAGACAUUGGUGGAAGUGAAGAAGAGGAACUGAAGUUGAUCCGUAAAACUGCUACGAAACUCUCAAACCCAUUCCACAAUCCAGCAGAUUUGUCUUCAUAUUCUGCUGCUGCGGCUGCUGCAACGUUUCCUGGUUUCUAUAUGAAUUAUAAUGAUAUGAUGAUUGGCACUGGUACAUCUUAUCAAUCUUUAUAA